CCAGGAUCAGACGAUGAUAAACAACCCCACGAGCCAAAAGGGUUGUUAAGCGACAAGACACUCCUCACUCACCCACUCACUCACUCACUCACUCAGAGAGAGAGGCGCAUUCCCCAAUCGACUCACCCACCCAUCCCAUUAUCACUUCCCACCACCCGCCACCCAACUACCUCGGACCUCCCCCUCCUUCCUCUUACAUACAUACAUCUUAUCCCAUCCCAUCCUCACCUAUCCGACCUUCCUUCCUUUUCAAACCUCAAAUACUCGCCAACUCGCCAACUCAUCACACACACCGCGCCAAUCCCCCCCGCCAAUCGAGACCUACCUGCCUCCGAGAAACCGCAUGAGCAGGAGACACCAAAGAGAAAAGCAAAAAAAAGCAAAAUAAAAAACUGCGGCCCUCCGUCGAGAUUCGUUGGCCAUCAGGCGCAAAGGCGACAGGCGACAAACUUCCCAUCACACCGCAGCCGACGAAUACCACUGAAGUCCUACGAACAAACGAUCAAAGACACACGCCUCCUGCGCAACGUGGACAGCUCGUGAACGACCCCCCAGGGAAAAUAUUCGACAACAACCACACCACAGACCGACGAAACCACCACCCCCCCCCGUCACGCGCACAUAUGGAAGGCUCGGAGUACAUCUACAGUACCACAGUCCACCGUCUUCGAGGAGAAUCAGAAUCAGAUUCAGAUCUAUCAUCACACACCCAUCUCACGAUCAACGCACUCAAUUGCAAAGAACUACACCGCGGCAACAACGACGCCGUCUUCCGAUGCUGAAACCUUUAUUAUUACCGCAGCUGGUGGAGGAGCGCAGGAAGCGCGAGACUCUGGUCGACGAGGAGCUUAACGUCUCACAGAGCUCUGAUAUCCACGAGCCGAGCACUCCCACGGAUUGCCCCUCCUCCUCGCCCACCACGCCGACACUAUCGAAGCGCGGCCAUGUCAGAUAUGGCAGCUCCGUCUCGUCCCUCGACAACUCAAUACACUCGCCACUCACGGAGAUCCCGUCGUCGCCAUCGUUCACGGCGAUGAAGACGAGCAAGCGCUCGUUGCCAGACGUGCAGGAGGAUCCGCUCGAGCGCGACGAGGAUCUCGACAUGUUUGACGACGACCUCCACGAUGUCUAUGACUGGUCUUGCGACGACAACCACCAUCGCCACCUUGAGAGCUCCAUGGGCCGCUCAUCCGUGCAGCUGUCGACCCGGCCAGACUUUGAGUACGACCUCGCCGAUGGCAUCACCAGCGACACCGACCUAGGCCUGAGCAUCACCAAGAAGCGCCGCGCCGGCGACUCCCCCUUCAGCGCGAUCGCCAACCGCUUCGGCACUCGCUUCCCAGGCCUCACGCGCAAAUGGCGCGCCAGCAAGAGCUCAAACCCUCUAUCGCUUUCUGACAUCGACCGCGACCUCCGCGCCUCGCGCACCGCAUCAAGCCGGUCCUCAUCGGUCUCAAACUCGGUCAGCCACAGCCACGGCCUAGCUCUCUCCUUUGGCGACGUCCAGAUGCCUCCCACGCCUGCCAUGAGCGAGUUUGACCGCCACGACUCGCCGUACCGUGACUCCAUCGGGGAUUCUGAGGAGUUUGAGCGGGCUCACCGGGAGGACUCUGAGAGGCCUGCGGGAUUCGUUUCGACGCCUCUACUACCGCCGAUGAUGAUGGGAAGCAACUCCAUCACCGACGCGGACGUCCCCAUUCAGUCCCCGCUCGAAUCACCCUCCGUCGCUGACCCGGCUGAAUACCUCAGCGGCGCCUGCACUCCCGCUACCGGCAUCGCCACGCCCGCGCGCGGUAUGCCUUCUCCCCCUUUGUCCACCAAACCAUCGAUGUCGUCUAUCAGACCCACCCACACCAUCGCCCCCGUGCACCUCACCUCGUCCUCCUCCGACGCCCUCCCCCUCGUCAUCGCAGACAUAGACGACAAAUGGUCCAACACCCUCGGCCACGCCAACUUCACCAUCCACCCUCCCCCCUACCUCCCCCUCACACCCGACCUCGAAGCCUGCCGCCAGCUAAAGCGCGACUGGGACCUCGCCCGCUGCAACUACACCAAGCACCUCGUUCGCACGGGCGAGCACUACGGCGCCACUUCCAAGACCUACCUCCUCACCGAAGAAAAAUGGAAGGAGACCGAUGAUCUGUGGCGCGCUAAUAAUGAUGCGACGAUCGCGGCGACGGCGGCGAGCGGGGAAGACGCGUUUAGGAGUCUUAAGCAUAAUAGGGUGGGCGAGGCGGAUAGUAAUGUGAUGACGAAGAUUCCGAGCUUGAAUGAUCCGAGGUGUGAGGGGAAGUUUCCGCAGUUGGGGGAUGAGGAUAUUGUUGGGCCGAUGGUGCAGGGGGUGGCGAGGAUGCAGAGGAGGAGGAGUAGGAAGGAGGUGUUGAGGAGGUUUUUUGUGGAGAAGUUUCCGGUGGGGUUUGGGAGGGGGUGAGAGGCAUUGCUCGAUGCUGUCUAAUUCUCUAAUUCUCUAAUUACGAGCUGAGAGAGAUGGAGACGAGAAAAGGAAAGGAGAAGGAGAGGAAGAGGAGGAAACACACACGCACGACGCGACCUUACACCUUAACUUUUAAUGAUACCAACGACACGGCCGACAGACAUAUACAACAACAACAACAACAACACUCGCUUUUUUUAUUUUACAACACACUUACGUUCGUUUUCGAUACCCACCACAUUCAUUUUUUACACACAGUCACGACGAUACCCCGCCUCAUACACAUAGGCACCCACACGGCGGUAGCAAAUCAGCGCUACGACGAGCUUCUACAGCAAGACAGACAGCAGUUUUUGGAUUUUUGGCUUUUUUCUUUUGUUUUGGGAAUAUAGAUAGACGGAUCUUUUUGGGAAAAUGUCCUAGGGAUAUGGCGCAGGAUAAGAAGGAAUGGGAACGGAAGGGUUUUAGAUGGGGUUUAGAUGGAUUUUUGUACAUAGACGGAUCGGAAAAGGGAGUUCUGAGGUUGAAGCACGGGGAGGGCUUUUGGCGGCUGGUAUCCCACCCCGCCAAAGGGGUGGGGGAGAGCGCAGUCAGAUUUUUUGGUGUUUGUUGCGCUGUUGGAUGGGGGAGUAGUGGUUUUUAUUGUAUAAUGGCUGGCUCUGGGGGUGGAGGGAG